UCAGCGACGGUGUCCGCACACGGCGACCCUCGGUUUCAACCUUCUCGUGGGUGGACGAAACGCGGCAUGCAUCCCGGGGUCUUCCCUUCUGGCGGCCGCCACGUGUCGGCGUUCCAUUUGCCCGGAGACGCUUGCUCGCGCGUCUAUAACGGAACAGCAGGCAGCGGAAAGCACCACCAAGGAGUCAACCCAAGAAAUUCUGGUCGCGGAUCUGCUGGUGCAAUCUCGGCGUGGCUUCUCACUCCAGCUUCAGCAACCAAGACGACGGUUCACAGGAGGCGGAACGAGCUCGCAGCCGGUACAGCGUGUCAUCCCGGGCGAUCUCCACACCAGCCCCGCGUUGUCGAAUCCUCCGCCCACCGUCUGACCAUCGCACGGGCACCGCGCAGUCCUAGCCCCUGUUCCAGCGGUGGGGCUUGGCGCAAGGGCGACGCGUCUCGCUUCGAGUGCACCCACCGCUUUUGCGUGGCUGGCUCCGUGCGUGGAUUCGAGAACCCCGCCGUCAUCGCCUUCGACGCGCUGCCCUGUCCCACGUCGAGCACCACGAGACCUUCAACAUACGUGCGGGCAGUUGCAGUUCCGCGAGGGCGAGCACUCCGCCGCCAUUCUGACUGUGGCGGAGCAGUUUUCGAAGAUACUUUUCAAGCAGUACAAGGACGUCCGGGCUGUUCGUUCGGAUGUUAUAGGCUUCCAUAAAAUCGGCUCUGCAAUCGCCGAGCUGGAAUCCUGGCUGCCCUCGGGCAAUUUUUCCGAUGACGCGCCUCCAGAGAAUUCGACGGAUGACGCAGCGUUCCGUUGAAGCGGACAUUUCUGAUUUCUUUUUUUCGUAGGGAUCUGCGGUAACUCGUACGGCGCUUUUACCUAAUUACGGCGAGACCUUCCAUUUUUUCUAUGUUGUAAAAAUAUAUUCUCACCUAUGCGA